AUAUAUAUAUAUAGCUUCUUCACACUGAAAUACUAGGCUGACUGAGCUCUUCUCUCCCAUCACAGCUGUUCGACCAUGAUGUCCCUGUACUUGGCAGUGUUGGUGCUCUGUAUGAGUGCAGUGUAUGCGGCCCCUAGGUUUGACUCUCAGUUGGAGGGCCACUGGCACUUGUGGAAGAACUGGCACAGCAAGAACUACCAUGAGGUGGGUGUUUGAGCACAAGUAGGGGAGCACUUCCUAAUAGGAACCCCAUCAGUAGCGCUCAACCAGUGGAGGCUGGUGGGAGAAGCUAAAGGAGGAAGGGAUCAUUGUAAUGGCUGGAAUGGAAUUAUUGGAACGGUAUCAAACAUUUGGAAACCACAUGUUUGACUCCGUUCCAUUACAGCCAUUACAAUGAGCCUUUCCUCCUAUAGCUCCUCCCACCAGCCUCCACUGCUCUCAACAAGGGGCUCAAAUUGAUCAAUUGGUGCAUUGGCAUACAUGUUAGUGGAAAUUACACCUAGCGCAGUAUAUCAUGAAUUGCAUGGAUUGUGCCCAUAGUUCUUGGACAAUAUAUGAUUGUGUAUAUUUUCUCUGACUGUUUUUCACUCAUUGUUGCAGAGAGAGGAGGGCUGGAGGAGGAUGGUUUGGGAGAAGAACCUGAAGACUAUUGAGAUGCACAACCUGGACCACUCUAUGGGAAAACACUCCUACCGUCUGGGCAUGAACCACUUCGGUGACAUGGUAAGAAGAACCACCUUGCUGAGCAGUGCUUGACUUGGACUGAAAUGGGUGCCGGUACUGUAUAUAUUUAGGUGCUGGAACUCCGCAGUACUAAUAUUCUAUAAGAGGUGCAGGAACUCAAGCAGUAGAAAGUUUGAGGUGCCGGUAUCAGUUACAGUGAGCUCCUGUCCAAGUCAAGCACUGUUGCUGAGACAUUUUACUGUGGUGCAGGAGGUACAUUUCAGCAGCCCUUUCCCAUACUGUGUGUGUGCUGUAGCUGCAUUUUUUUUGUUGUCAUGUCAUACAUUUGCUAAGGCACAUACAGUAUGACAUAUUUUACAGGCAAUUUGACAACAGACACAGGUAUCAGCUUUGACAAUGAAAGCAGGACUGUAUUCAGACUCACAGGUUAGGUUUCUUCAGCUAUCAAGCAGGAAUGGAAUAGUUAUCCUGAGAAGGGAAUUGAAACGUACUCAUAGUCUUUUAAAGAUGAACACUAGCUUUAUGGUUCAGUGCAUAACUUUUAAAACAGUCCUAAGACAUUAAUAAACCUACAUUUCCCAUUCUUAUGGUAAAUUACAAACCACAUCUGGCCAGGGAAGAUAUUACAUUUCAACAUGUUUUUAGACCAAUGAAGAGUUCGGGCAGCUCAUGAACGGCUACAAGCAGACGACUGUGAGGAAGUACAAGGGCUCUCUGUUCAUGGAACCAAACUACCUGCAGGCCCCUAAAGCUGUGGACUGGAGAGAGAAGGGCUACGUCACUCCCGUCAAGGACCAGGUGAGACCUGACUCAUGAGUCAUGACUCAUAUCCACACACUGCUUUGUCACUAAAUAAAUGCAGACUUUCCAGAGGUUUUACUUCCAGAGAACUGUCUGGCUUGUUUGCAUGCUAGUUACCCAUGAUUGUCAUUUACAGUAUACAGAGGAUAAGGUGGCAAAUUGUGUAUACAGAUGGUUUAUUACGUAGUUAAUACUAAUACAUAUUUAUUACUUACAUACACUGGCAUAAUAUGCACAUGUCAGUGAGUUCUCUGACAUGAAAUACUAACAAGAUGUUUAACCAUCUUUCCCCCUCAGGGCUCAUGUGGGUCUUGCUGGUCGUUUAGUUCCACCGGUGCCUUAGAGGGCCAGCAUUUCAGGAAGACUGGCAUGCUGGUGUCUCUGAGUGAACAGAACCUGGUGGAUUGCUCCAGACCCCAGGGCAACGAGGGCUGUAAUGGAGGUCUCAUGGACCAGGCGUUCCAGUAUGUAAAGGACAACACCGGCCUGGACACAGAGAAGUCUUACCCCUAUGUGGCCAAGGUAAGGCCCUGUGUUCUAUUAGUCUGAAUUCAAAUAUAAUAGCAUAUAAAGAUUCAUGUAUUCAAAGUAAGGCCCUGUUCCUUUAGCCUGGUCCCAGAUUGUACAGUUUUAGCUGUAUAACCAACUCCUAUGGUUGUAAUUUUGGAAUGACAAUGACUAACAACUUCAACGUUGAAAAAUAAAUGAAUGUUUCUACUCUUCAUUGCAGUGGGAUGUAUGUCUCCAAGAAUGACUGAAUUGCUUGAAUAAUUGGAAUGUUAUUUUUUUACUAAUCAUGGCCAUUGGCCUUCUCUGGUUACUCAGGAUGAUGAUCUUUGCCACUACCAACCAGAGUUCAGUGCUGCCAAUGACACUGGCUUUGUGGACAUCCCCAGUGGCAAGGAGCAUGCUCUGAUGAAGGCUGUGGCGACUGUCGGCCCUGUCUCUGUCGCCAUCGAUGCCAGCCACGAAUCCUUCCAGUUCUACCAGUCUGGUGAGUAGCAAUUAUGUACUUCAAUUAUGUAACUUUUAACUUUAUUUGCAAGGAUUGGAACCUACUAUUUUUGAGUAGCAGUGAGCUGAACUGGUCUACUGUCCUGUUCACCAUGUAGCUAAUAUUUACAAAUGGUGUUGUCUUUCAAGUAAAUCGUUACCAAUAUUUCUAUGUUUUGCCCACUAGUAGCUAGCUAAUAAAUAGCUACAAUCUAACUAGUUACUAGCUAAGGAACCAACUACCUUUUAGCUUUGAGAUCAGGUGGUUUUACAUACUCUGAGGUAAACCCAGCAUCUUAGCCCACUAAUUUAACUGUGUCCUCUCUCUAUAGGGAUCUACUAUGAGAAGGAGUGCAGCAGUGAGCAGCUGGACCAUGGAGUUCUGGUGGUGGGAUACGGUUUCGAAGGAGAGGAUGUGGAUGGCAUGAAAUUCUGGAUCGUCAAGAACAGGUACAGUACAGAGUAUCUUCCUAGGAUUUGUUUUUGUUUGUUACAUGUCACCACCACGGGAAUGGUUAAUUUCCUCAUCAGGGAAUAUGCCUCUCUACAAUACCAUUGCCUUUAUUUGAAUACAGUGUUGGUGUUGUCCUGAUAAUAUGGUCUAAGUCAUUAAUUUCUCUAAAGCAGCUGUACAUCUCAUUGUAUAAUUUCCUAAUAACUUGGACUGCGGGACUAACCUAUUUGUUUUUUCCUCAGCUGGAGCGAGAAGUGGGGAGACAAAGGCUACAUCUACAUUGCCAAAGACAGGAAGAACCACUGUGGCAUUGCCACGGCAGCCAGCUACCCACUGGUCUAG